AAAAUAAUGGUUUACGUCCAGAUAAUAUCUAGCAAAAUCUCACCAAGAAAGCAUCCUUCGUCCGUUAGCAGCGAAUAGAGCAAGAACUUCUGCUUUUCUCGCUCGUCGUCCAGUUCGCCCGCCAUGUCCGCCGCACGUCCAAAAAGUCAGGCAGCCACCAUCACACCACAAACCCCGUCCUCCCAAUCCCAUCCGGCUGGUGGCCUCAACAAGCCUCCGAGCACCGCUGGCAGCCGAGAAAGUAUCAGCAAUGCUCAUACGCCCUCCCUUCCUCCCACCGCCGCACCCAAAGCCAGUGGUGCCGGUGGUGAUCUAGUGAACAAAUCUGAGCAUGGAUCUAUGAAUGCUCUUGCGCAGCCUUCUGCGGGGGGAGGGACAAAUACUACAGUAACAUUGAAUGUGAAGGUUGCAUCGGCGAGGAACAUCAAGGGUGCCAAGGGAGAGAAAGUCAGCUCGUUUGUAAGGAUCCAGCUGGCGGACUUUGAUUUUGUCGAUUCGCCGGUGGUCCCGGACAACCCAAACCCACAAUAUGACUUUACUUGGGAACAGACAUUCAAUGUGAAUGAAGCCCUCAUCGACACCUUCUUCAACAAAAAGCUCUCCUUCACCCUCUUCGAAUCCCUUCCCAAAGAAAAAACCGCCAUCCUCGGCGACUGCGCCCUCAGCAUGGCCCCGCACUUUCUCAAAUACACCCCCCGCGACCCCUCCACCCCGGACACACCCCCACCAGCGCCUCCACUCACCUUCCAGCAAACCCAACCCAUCACUUACACCAACACCCGUCUGCUCGGCAAAGACGCGGACGACCCGGCGAGGAUUGGACCGGAUUUCGAGAUUGUUGUGGGGAUUAGCAGGCCGUUGAUUGCGCCGGAGGUGGUGGAGCAGGGGACUUUUUUGGCUUUGAAGGUGAAUGAUGUGGCGCCGGUGCCCGAGGAAUGGAGUACAAAGGAGGGAAACGAGAAGGAUUUGAACUCCAAUAUCUACUCCUACGCCCUGAAUUUCUACCUGCCGGCCGAGAGUGUCCAGGAGCGGCCGAUAUCAAUCGCAUGUGGAACCCUCGUCAUGUCCGAUUCACCCAUCGCCACAGACCCAUCCCAAACAACCCCACAACCCAUCCUCCUCCCCAAACCCAGCACAGCCGCCAUCCCAACCCCCACAUCCACCACCGGCGACCCGCAGCCCACCGCAGACACCACCGAAUCCAUCCUCCCACCCGCGGACACCACCGACCCCACCGCCCCCGCCCCGGCGCUCGCGGUGAUAGGCGAGCCAGUCAAGAAAGUGUCGUGGGGAGCGUGUGGGACGUAUACCAUCUGGGUGCCCCCGCAGGCGGUGGUGAGGUUACGGGAGAAGAUUGUGCGGAAGGAGGCUGUUGAGGUUGAGUUCACACGAACCCUCCACCCCCGUUUCGCCCACCUCCCCGACACCUCCUGCGCCAAGUACCGCGGCCGCGCAACCCUCGACCUGUCCUGCCUGCUCUUCCCGCGCGUCAUUGGUGUGCGCGGGCGGUGGCCGGUGGAUGUCGUGCUCCCCGAUGUGCAGCCGACGCCGGGGACCGCGGACGGGUUUAAGGGGAGUAGUGUUGGGUUGGAUGUGCCGCCUCAUGGAGGGACGACGACGGCAGGCCCGGGGGGGAAGAAGAGGAGGGAUGAGGCUGCUAGUGCGAACUUCUACAAGACGCUCGGAACGACGUUGGGCUUGGAGCUGUUGUUGGAGAAACCUCUCCUCGACAAAAAGAAGUUGCAGCCGAUAACAAAACACGUCUCCGACUUCAUCCCUCCCCGCACGAUCCCCGCCGACCUCCUCUUCACCAAACGGUCCGCCCGCGCCGACGAGGACUACACAGCGCAACUACAAAAAGUGGUUCGGAAGCUCGUGUGGGAGUAUGAGGCGCAGAUGGGGGCGGAUAAGGACACGGGCGACGACCAAGCGGAUGAAGCACAGAGAAGGAAGAAGUUUUUCUGGCAUCUGAAUCGUAGCGGCGCGUAUUUUGAGUUCAAGGAGGGGGUCAAAGGCGCGGUGGUUGAGGUUGUUCGGGAGCGCUUCAAACGCAAAUCCCCCUUCGCAACCCCCUCCGAACUCCACCUCUUCAUGUCCGAGCUCUACGUGCACCUCACCGAGAAGAUGCACACGGUCAUCAACGCCCUGUUCCAGUCCCCGCAGUCCUUCACCUCCCCCACCAGCAAACCCGCCGAAGAGUUCCAAUUACUGAAAACCUGGGCAGCCGACGCGGAGGCGGAUGGAUGGACCGAGGGGGCUGAGAAGUGGCAUAAGGAGCGGGUGGUGAGGUUUGAGGACAGUACGCAGGCUUGGUUUGAUUAUGGCUGUUUUUGUAUGCGGCGGGGGAUGCCGGGGAAGGGGGAGGAGUGUUUUAGGGAGAUCCUGGGGAGGAAUGAGAGGCAUAUUCCGAGCUUGUUAGCCUACGGCUCCUUCUGCUGCGUCAACGAACGGUUCGAAGAAUCCCGCGUGUUCCUCGUCACCGCCCUCGAGUUGCAGCCGAAACUGGCUAUGGUGUCUACUAUCUUGGGAUUGCUGUAUGAUAUUUUGGGCGAGGAAGAAGAGUCGGAGAUUCAUAUUACUGAGGCGCAGAAGUUGCAUAAGCUGGCUACUGCUGGCCAACCCGACGCACCAUCCACUUUCAUCACCGCCGCCGAAUUCCUCAUCCACUGCCAAGCCGGGCAGAUGGCCGAGCGGGCAUUAUCACAGGAGAUCCUCCAACCAAACGCCUCACGCAUCAAACCGCACCUCCUCCUGCACCAGCUCGAGCUCCAGCGCGGGAACCAGAAACUCGCUGAGGAGCAUUUGGUGGAUGCGUUGGAGGUGCGGCAGGAUGAUCCGGAUGUAUGGACGGCGUUGGGACAUUUCCAGUACCUGCAGAAGCAGUGGGACGCGGCGAAGGGGAGCUACGAGACGGUUCUUACUUUGUCUCAAGAACCCGCUUCAAUCGCGCUAGUCUACACACGUCUCGGCAGCCUCUACCUCCGUCAAUACCAUCACCAAAUCGCCCACCACACCACACCUCAGUCCUCAGACAAACACACCACAUCCCCCAUCCCGGCGCAAGCAUCAACCAUCGCCCGCCUCGCAAAGAGCAUGUAUCUACGCGCCUGCGCAUCAAGCGCGAACGCGGCGUCUUGGUUGGGCGUGGGGAAGGCGUGUAUUGCAGCGGAGGAGUGGGAGGAGGCUGAGGAUGCUUUGGCGGAAGCGAAUGUGCUGAAUAACCGUCAUUCGGAUGUAUGGGCGUACCUGGCGCUUCUCAACCUGCGUCGUGGACGCGAGUAUGAAGGGAAUCAGUGUAUUGCGCAGGCGCUAAGGUUGGGUGUUCGGGAUGCUGUUGUUCUCAGGGAAGUGAGCACGGCACUAGUCGCCCUGAACCAGCGCAACGCUGCCAUUGAAUGCCUGCGUCUUUGUCUUGAGAUUGAGCCUCAGGACGUGGCGACGAGGACGACGUUUACGCGCUUGUUGGAUGAGGCGCCGGGGUCUGAGACUUCUUUGUUUGGGAAGGCUGGGCAUGGGCAGCAGAUACCUUUGGCUGUAUGAGGGACCUGGCCUUACUGUAAAUAGAUGUUUGGGAUGUUUGAUCAGGCUUUUGCGAUUGCCUGAAUGGAAUAAGCGAAAGGGAGGAGUAUUUACAAUCCACAUUUGAAAUCC